AUGCAGGUGGAGAACAGACCAAAAUAUUAUGGAAGAGAGUUUCAUGGGAUUAUUUCUCGAGAGCAAGCAGAUGAACUUCUUGCAGGUGUAGAAGGAGCAUACAUUCUUAGAGAGAGCCAGCGGCAACCUGGAUGCUACACUCUAGCCCUCAGGUUUGGUAAUCAGACCUUAAACUACAGGCUCUUCUAUGAUGGAAAGCACUUUGUAGGGGAGAAAAGGUUUGAAUCUAUUCAUGAUUUGGUAACAGAUGGCUUGAUAACACUGUAUAUAGAAACCAAGGCUGCUGAGUACAUUUCCAAAAUGACCAAAAACCCCAUCUAUGAACACAUUGGAUAUGCUACUCUGCUCAGAGAGAAAGUAUCCCGAAGGCUGAGCAGAACCAAAACGGAAUCCAGAAAAGCUAGUGUAACAAGUGAAGAAAAUACACCGGUUGAAAAGGACAAGAAAAAAUCUUUCUCUUGGCUUGUACCCACUUUAUGCAUCUUCAGAAAUUCCACUACAGAUACUCUGGUUUCUACCAAAGCGACGUCAGCACCACAAAGGAAAACAGUCGUGUUCCACCACAGCACAGAAGAUGCUGCAAGUACCAGCAGCAAAGUGGCUACUGGGAGUCCUUUAGCAAAAAUUUGCAAUGUUUUGAAAAAUUAGAGUUGAACUGGAAGAACAAAUAUUCUAUUGUUCUUGGUCAAUAUAGUACUCUUGGAACUGAUUAUUUAGGGAAGGAGUUGAAGUUCUCAUUUUUAAAAAAAGUCUAAAUUGCAGAAACAAAGCAACCCAACAUACAAUUUAGCAUCAUUGUAAAUGCAAAAGUCAUUAUAAAACAAAGUAUUUAGGAACCUCUAUUUUUUGCUACAUAUGAAUAUACCCAGUGUCACAUUAUAUGUUUUACCUGGAUAUUUGAGCAUCUAAGCAAAUCACUUGGUUGCAGUGGUUCCCAAAUUCUGCCAUCAAAUUCUCAUGAAGAGCUUUGCCACCCAAAACUUGCUGCUGCCAGUUGAGUAGGCUGGACCUGGAGAGAACUGGAAUGAGGCAGGGGAAAAGACUAGGAGUUGGGGCAUAAAGGACCUGAAACACAGCACCUAAAACACAGCACCUGAAACUCAAAAUAAGAUAUGCAAUUUGCGCUAUGCAAAUCGUGUAGCUUAUUUUCAAUCUAUUUCGAAAUAGCUUAUUUCGUCAUUUGGUGCUGUCUACACAGCACCAAACUUC